CUCGGAAAAUCGAUCGGAAUCGUAAUGAUGCGCGUCACGUGACCCGACCCGGCCAAUGGGGACGUUGCAUCCUAAUACACCACCCCGUCCCGCCCGCUAGUCGGUAGUUUUCGGGCAUUAAUGGUCGUAUAUGCGAGUUUCUCCGUUUUUGGUACGGAAAUUAAUUUAUUGCCGAUGAGCCGGGAUCGCAGUGGGCAUUCGAGAAAUGACCGCGUAGUGCCGAAUUAGUGGGAAUAGGUGUUUUCACCCGUGCGCGCGUGCCGUCAACCACACGAGAAAUACGUCGACGUGCAACCGACGAGUACGCGCCGUGUUACCGCCGCCGCCGCCACCGCAGCCGCAGCCGUAGCCGUCGCAGAUCGCAGUUAUAAUAACAAUAACAAUAACAAUAAUAGUAAUAGUAACGGUGACGACGUUGACGGCGUAAAUAUAUUAAACGAUAAUAAUGGUGGUCGCGCCGUCGGGUUACCACCUCGACGCCGCCGGGAAGUCGUUUGUCGCGCGAUACGCCACCAUCACGUCCUGUCGCCGCCGUCGUUCACGUUAUUAGCCCCAGCGUACCGUUUAUGUAUGUUUCAGCCACAGUCGAAAGUGGGUUCAAUAUGCAGCAGGUGCCAGUUUCAACUCAAAAUAGUGGUGUGCCGACAGAUACUGCAAAUGCAAAACCUGACGGUGGAGAGGUUGCGCCACCACGAAUUGAGCCAUAUAUUGAGCCGGUGAAUGGUAUUGUUCAACCACCAGUUGUACCUCCACCAAAUCGGCCUGGCCGACUCACUAACAAACUUAAUUUCCUUCAAAAGACUGUAAUGAAGGCUCUUUGGAAACAUCAACAUGCAUGGCCAUUCUAUCAGCCAGUUGAUACCACCAAACUCAAUUUACCUGACUACCAUAAAGUAAUCAAAACACCAAUGGAUUUGGGUACUAUAAAAAAGCGUUUAGAAAAUAAUUACUAUUGGUGUGCUGAUGAAUGCAUACAAGAUAUUAAUGCAAUGUUUUCCAAUUGUUAUACAUACAAUAAACCUGGAGAAGAUGUAGUUCUCAUGGCUCAAACAUUGGAAAAAAUAUUUCUUGCCAAAAUGGGUCAGAUGGUAAAAGAAGAAACUGUAUUGCCCCAACAUAAACCAGCUGUCAAAAAUCAUUCAAUUACUCAGAAACCUCCUCCCAGUCACAAUCAACCAAUAGCUGUAGCUCCCGGUUCAACUGCUAUGGGUACCACUCCUCAUUCCCAACAUAAUUCUCUACCAUCUCAAGUUAUAGCUCCUACGACGAGUGAUUAUGUAGCGCAACCAGCAAACAUACCUUUAGGAGCAGCGAAUUCACUAACUGGUGGCAAACUAAAAAAAGGAGUUAAAAGAAAAGCAGAUCCUAGUCCCAUCAAUUCAAUUGAUUCUACCGUUUAUCCUGGCCCAAUGGCUACAGCAACAACUCCUGUUCAACCUUUACAAUCAUCUAUUCGAAGGGAAUCUGGUCGACAAAUAAAAAAACCGAGAGUGCCCGAUGAAGGAAUUUUAUAUUCUCAAAAUACGACUUUACCUACUGGAUCCGGCUCAAUAUCAGACGGAAAAACCAAAGAAAAAUUGACUGAGGCAUUGAAGGGUUGUACUGAAGUGCUUAAAGAAUUGUUUACCAAAAAACAUGCGGCAUAUGCAUGGCCGUUCUACAAGCCAGUUGAUGCUGCUUGGUUGGGCUUGCAUGAUUAUCAUGACAUUAUUAAGAAGCCUAUGGACCUGGGAACAGUAAAGACCAAAUUAGACAACAGAGAGUAUAAAAAUUCAAAAGAGUUUGCAGCUGACGUUAAUUUAAUAUUUUCCAAUUGCUAUAAAUACAAUCCUAAAGAUCAUGAUGUAGUAGCAAUGGCAAAAAAACUACAAGCUGUAUUUGAAGCUAAAAUGUCAAAAGUACCACCAGACCCACCUUUAGUAGAAAUGAAAAUGGAACCUGAGGAUGAAAGUAGUUCCGAAGGAAGUUCUGGUUCAUUUAGUGAUUCUGAUGAUUCUGAAGAUCUAGAAAAUUCAAGAAAAAUUCAAGAAUUCCAAGAAAAAUUAAAUGCUCUACAAGAUCAAAUGAAAAGGUUAGUUGAAGAAAGUGCAAGAAAGAAAAAACAAAAAAAGAAUAGUAUGAAUAGUUCUAAAAAGAAGAAACAUUCUACCAAUGAAAAAUUAACUUCAUCUGUGUCUAAACCUCCAUUAGCUGUUGCUCUCAAUAGUACGCCUAUGAAUAUUAUGGCUAACUCUACCAUUACCAACGAUAUUAAAAUGUUACCAAUUGAGCCAUCGAUGAAUGCUAAAUCAGCAGCUCAGCAGUUGCGUCAUCCUAUGACAAAUGCUUCAGCUGGUCAAACAACCAAAGGGGCAAAAGGUAAAGGUGCCGGUACUAGAGGUCCUGCUAAAGCUCCAGCACAACCAAAACGUCCUAGAGUUAAUUCCAGAGCAAAUAAUCCGAAGAAAAAGAAUUCUGUAAGUGCCCCAGCUUUUGACUCUGAAGAUGAAGACAAUGCUAAGCCUAUGUCUUAUGAUGAAAAACGUCAGUUGAGCUUAGAUAUCAAUAAGUUACCAGGCGAUAAACUUGGUAGAGUAGUACAUAUUAUCCAGUCUCGUGAACCAUCACUCAGAGACUCUAAUCCAGAUGAAAUUGAGAUUGAUUUUGAGACCCUUAAACCAUCAACAUUACGGGAACUUGAGUCUUAUGUGGCUUCAUGUCUGAGAAAAAAACCACAUAAAAAAGUUUCUGGAAAACCUAAAGAAGAACUUGGAGAGAAAAAACACGAGAUAGAUAAACGACUAGACGUUAGCGGGCAACUGUCAACUAAAAAAGGCAAGAAAGAUGCUAAAGCUACGGAAAUUAGUGGUCCAUCUCGAUUAUCUGCAUCUAGUUCAAGUAGCUCUGACUCUGAUUCUAGUUCUUCCAGUUAUUCAACAUCAUCCAGUGAUUCAAGUGAUUCUGAACAUGGUGGCAACAAGCAAAAAAAGAAGAAACGUUUGUCCGACGACGUGUCGAUAAACAAAUCAGCUGAAGGCCAAAAAUCGACAAAUACUAUGAAACAAACAGGUUCAAACUCAACAUCUGUCAAUUCGAUCAACAAACCAGUUGUUAACACUCAACAGAAUGUUCCACCUAAAAAACCUCCAGUAGUAACAAAUUCAAUGGUUAUAAAUAAUUCUAAGACAAAUCCAAUGGCUAUGAAUACUUCAAAAGUGAAUCCUGUUAUUCACUCUAAACCAACACCAGUUGUAUCUACAGUUCCAAGUCUUCCUACAACAAAUGGAAAUAUAUCUAAUGGAGAUUCAAAUACUUCAUCUAUAACUCAAGAUAUAACAUCUAAUGGAGUUUUAUUACAAUCAGCUAAAGUUGAAGUUAAAACAGAGCCUGGACUUCCAAUUAGCAGCACCACCUCGCAGCCUACUGUAUCUCUGGGAACAAUGCCUAAUGAGAAUACAGUACUGUCAUCAAUGACAUCAGUGUUUGAUCCUCUUACACCUCCUAGUAGUCAGCCUACCAAUAAUAAUUCAUUACGUGUUCCUGACAAACAGGCUGCACAUACAGUUGUACCCACAUCUAACAUGCAUAAUUCUCUUGUUAAUGACGGACUUUCAGUUCAGCAUGUCGAUAUAGCACCAGUCAUGAAUUCUGUAGCUGCUGUUCAUCAUUCAGCUACACCACCAUUGAUGGUGCAACCUCCAGUUGAUAGUAAACCUCGUCCAACACCGAUCACUCCAAUUAUUCAAAAUACAAAUCAGGUAUUUCCACAGUUCAAUUUAGAUUCCUCCCCUCAGGUUCCAGCGUCAUUUAUGGGACCAUUACGUCACCACCACCAUCUACAUUCUUUCCCUGUCCCAUGGGAUCCUAAUAUUGGGCCUUCUUAUGACACAGCAGAUCUAUCUGAUCAAAGAGUUGUAAAUGCUGCUACAAAUGUUUGGAGUUCAUUAGCUCAACAAGCUGCUACAGAUGCUAAUAAUCAAGUAGCCGGAGCUUCAAUAAAACCAUCUACAGCUGAUUCUUUUCAGCAAUUUAAAAAGCAAGCAAAAGAAAAUGCAAAAAAGCAACGUGCAUUGAUUGAACAACAAGAGAUGAGGCGUCAUCAAAAAGAACAAGCAGAAAAAGAACGCAUUCGUAUUGAAAAUGAAAAAAGGAGAGAAAAAGAAGAAGAAGAAGCUCUUGAAAAAGCUAGAAAAAUUGUUGCUGAACAACAAUCAUCUCGAUUGGAUGAAGUGAAAGCUUCUAGCAAUACUGAUGAUAGUUCAAGUCCCAGUCAAGACCGUGCUGCUGAGGGACGUGAAAGGCAGAGAUUACGGGAACAAGAGAGAAGACGUCGAGAAGCUAUGGUGAACCAGAUUGACAUGAAUCGCCAAAGUGAUUUGAUGGCAGCAUUCGAACAAACAUUGGCACCUUAAUUACUGCGAUGACUAAUGACUUAUUAUACUGAGAGAAAUUAUCUUAAAAACUUCUAUUUGUCUGUUCAUCCUAUGUAUUUAGAGUAUGUAUAUGAGUGUAAAUAAGAGUAAAUGUGUGCCUUCCAUGUAAAUAAUUCAUUUCAUGAAUGAAUUUUAAAUUUGGAAUAAUGUUAUAGUUUUUUUUUUUUUUUUUUUGUUAAGACAAAUUUUAUUAUUUUACUUUUAUCAAUAUUUGUUUUCUAGACUUGACAUAUUGGUAGUUUUUUCUCUAUAAUUAAUCCAAAACGUAGUAAAGACAAAUUGGACUUGACACAUAUUAUUUAUUUGUUUUGUGUAAACUAUAUUUAACAAACAACUUGUUCUAAGCGCUCAAAUGUCUUAUUAGUGUUGAGAAUCAUAUUUAAGGUAAAAAGUAUAGGGAUUACAUUUUUGCAUAUUUUAUUAUUAUUAUUUUUGUUUUGAUAUAAGUAUUUUGAAUGCAGUGCCUGUUGGCUGAUAAUUUUGCUACCUAAUACCAUAUUUAUAUUUUUCGUUCAUGUACAUAUAAUUACAUUUAAAGUAUCUAAUCAAAUUGUACAUAAAUCAACA